AUGGCUACAGCCUCUUCACAGCAAUUACCAGCCGGCAUUCCAGCCCCGCAACCCCUGAAGCUGGACGCGCUGAAUGGCGGAUUAUUGCCAUUGCUGCACGGCAUCCAGCAACCAUCCCCUCAACAGCCCAUCAAUGGCCAAGGUCUCAACUCGGCACAACUCAUCGCAGCUCUGCAACAUAUUCAGAAGGCCCAACAACCAGCAAUCCCGCAGCAACAUCCGGCUCCUCCAUUGAUCGGAUCAACGAUUCCAGUCGCGCUGCAGCAGGCGCUCCAACUUCAACAAAUACAACAACAGCAACUGCAGCAAAACCAGCUUCUGGCGGAAAUUGAGCGACAGAAAUUGCUUCAACAAACACAGCGGGUAGAUGAGCAGCGCCGCAUCCAGGCUGACAACGACCUGGCGUUGCAACAACUCUAUGCUCGACAGCGGAAAGCUAGUACAUCAAGCGAUGGAUCGAGGAUUUCGAUCCCCCACCACAAUUCCCUCAUCUCUUCACCACCAAUAAAUUCUCCCCUUCGUGCACCUCCACUUCAACCAUCUGGCCAGCAGUUUGACGCGCUUCGUCUGGCCCACACCCUGUUACAGCAGCAACAACAAUUUUCCGCUCAGCCGUCUUCCUCGAACACUCUCACCAACCAAGGCUUCCUCCCACCUGGAGCACCGGCCGCAAGUACUUCGGCUUCACAGCCGAGCCGUCGUUUGCCGGACGCCGACGACGACGAAGUUGUGGUUGUCGACGGGCCGUCGUCAAAUCCGCCCACCCAAUCCGGUUCCAAUUCUUCACGCAACAACCGUAAGCGGCCGCAAGCAGAGCCCGACCGGCCGAAGAUUGAUCAUUCCCGGAAUAUCCUCUACAAGACGACAAUGCAAGAGCAUCAAAAGCACUUGGUGAACAAGGGGCUUGUGCUGAAUACGCAUCAAUCUAUGGUGAUGCGUCUUCGUUAUAUUGCUGAGCACGUCAUCCGGGCUCUCAAUGAGUUUGGCUGGGCCGUCGUUGACAACUUUCUCGGGUCGGAGCAGUGUAAAUUCAGCUACAAGGAGAUUGAACGCUUAUACGAAAGAGGCCUUUUCACAGCUGGUCAAGUGGCUGAUGGGAAGAGCCGUGAUGGUGAUCACAUUAGAGACAUCCGAUCAGAUUAUAUAUAUUGGUUCGACGGCUCCGAUAAGCGGGCAGAAGAUGCAGCGACGGUACGUCUCCUCGUGUCGAUGAUCGACAGUGUCAUUCUACAUUUUAACAAACGAAUUCCUCCAUAUUCUAUCGCUGGCCGUAGUCGAGCAAUGAUCGCCAUCUACCCGGGCAACGGUACCCGCUAUGUAAAACAUGUCGACAAUCCGGCUAAGGAUGGACGAUGCAUCACUACCAUUUAUUAUUGCAACGAGGGAUGGGAUGUGCAAAAGGAUGGCGGAGCGCUGCGACUAUAUCCGGAGACGUCAGAAGUCCCGAUGGAUGUCGACCCGAAGGCUGAUCGGCUUGUUUUCUUCUGGUCUGAUCGACGAAAUCCACACGAAGUCAUGCCUGUUUACAGGCACCGCUUCGCGAUCACCAUCUGGUACAUGGACAAAGAGGAGCGCCAAGAAGCUCUCGAAAGAAUGCAGCACCCAAUCGGAGACAACGAACGCACGCGGGCGGAAACCAGCGAAGGAGCAGAAGUCGAAAAGAAGCGACCCUCACCGCCCGAUCACUAUAAUGAUCCGGUACCUGCUGAUUGUCGCACUGCCCAGGGAGCAGCCAUCCAGCCAUCACCCCUCAGGCCAUCCAGAAUUGAUGAUGUAGCAGCCGACAGCGGAAUGGAAGAUAACGCUUCGGUAGUUUCUGGUUCCGCCAUUCCAACACGACUGAUGGCAAGGCCGAAUCGUGUCAAUUCACUCGCCGGAAGCGUGGCUCACGACCGUAUCGUCGAAGAGCGCUCAUCUGUAACGUCCGAAGAGGGUAACGAUGUCCCGAUGAAUCACGACAUAAACCCUGAAUACGUCAUC